UGUCAAAGGAGAAGCAUGUCGUAGAAUAUAUGAUUCGUCGAGCAGCAGCAUUAAUCCGACGUUGGAGGAAGCUCCAAAGAAGUUCUCACUCUGCGGUGGCGUCCAUGCUCGCGUUGUCAGCAUCGCUUGCCCUACUCUCUAUCUUUAUGUGAAG